CAAAAUUGUCUAUAAAAACGCGAGUGCUGAGGAUUAUAAGUUGCAUUUUGUGAACCAUGAGGGAAGAAUCGCAAGCCUUUUUGUUUUCGUCAUCAGUAAUUUUACAUCAAAUAAAGGUCAGGUGGAAGUGAAAGUAGGAGAAAGGUGGCCGAAACUAACAAAUUUCAAGCUAGGCGUCGUUCGAUUAGACACUACGCCAGAAGAUUGUCGAAGAAAUUUAGAAGUUUUGCUGAGGCUCGGAGACGUAAUCACAGUGACCAAAGCCGUUAAGAUGAGUAGAUGGCAAAAAACCGUCAUCCGUGGACUCCGAUCCGGUUAUCCACUGGAUGAACAAGGCACCUUGUCCGAUUCCAGUGAUAAUGAGUCGAUAAUUAGCCCCUUCUACGACGAAUUGUUUAUCGAUGAGGGCAGUUCAUUUUCCGAAUCCGAACCGGAACCGGUGCUUGGGUCGCCAAGCCGCAUCACAACUUGUUCGGAGUCCGGAUCGCCGAGGACAGUACCCCCCUUGGUGAAAAGAAUUCGCGGAAAGUCGCUUUUAAAGCUCGUGAAAGCCGAAAACCCCAGCAUCGAUAAGGCCAAGGACCUCCUCUCAGAAGGCACCCCUGAUGAAAUUAGUCAAGCGAUAAAGCAUACAGACGCAGCGGGAAACAGCGUGAUCCACUAUGCCUGUGCCAAGGCUCUCGUACCCUGGGUAGAACUUCUCAUAGAGAACGGAGCAGAUCUUAAUGUGGCAGGCAAAGAUGGACAAACACCUAUGCAUUUCACAGUCAAAGGAGAAGCCAAGAACGUCGGUCAAGUUAAAGACAAAGUAAAAGUGGUGGAACUAUUGAUAAAGGAACGGGUACUUGCAGACGAGAAGGACGACCAUGGCCGUACACCAUUACAGUUAGCUUGUGACGUCAAAGGUCAACGCGAGGUCACCCGUGCCCUACUAUCACACAGAGAGAUUGAUCAAGAUGUAAAGUCCGAAACAGUAAUCUCACAACUUCUCCACAUCACAUGCCAGAACGACCAGUUUGAAAAUGCCGUGCUGCUACUGAAGCACGGUGCCAAACCUCUGACAAGUGGUGGGAAACGGAGGGAUACAGCCCUUCACAUCAUUCUUAGGAAAGGGCAAGCGAAGUAUGCCCUUCGAUUCCUUGAAACUUGCAAUCAGAAACUACACGACAUGCGAGAGAUUUUGUUAGCCCGAAACGCGAACCAGCAAAGCGUGAUCGAUGAGGCGGUCAGGUGCGGUGACAAGGAACUCGUCUCAUACUGCUUGAAACACGUUGCUCAACCGGGUGAUUGCGAUGACCUCUUGAAUAUCAGGUCAAAAGACGAAUCGACAUUGAUGCACACUGCCUGCAGACACGGACAUCACGAUAUUGUCCGAAUGCUUGAUGAAAUUUGUCCUAAGCUCCUGGACUCUCAAAACGAGAGACGAUUAACGCCGCUACACGUUGCCUGCAGUCGAAACAAAGCCCAGGUGACUACACUCGUCUGUGAUCUGUUACACCAGAGGUAG